CUGUCGUGUCACCGGAGUGAAAAAAAAAGAGGAAGGAAUAUGGUUUCAUCUGACGCUCCUCCCGUUUCAGCGCUGCCGUAGCGGAACUCUGGUAGGAGCAGGAGGCUGGAGCUCGGUCCGGUGCAAACCCCCUCUGUACCUGAAACAACCACCUCCCCCGUUUCCAACCAGCCUGCAGGAGCACUGCCAGCACACCGGGAGACAUAAAUGGUGGAGGCCGUGGUGGAGUUCGACUAUGAGGCUCAGCAGGACGAUGAGUUGAGCCUGACUGUGGGUGACAUCAUCGUGAACAUACGGCGGGACGAUGGAGGAUGGUGGGAAGGCGAGCUCGGCGGACGCAGGGGGUUGUUCCCAGAUAACUUUGUCAGGGAGAUAAAGAAAGAGACAAAGAGGGAUGGAGGACAGACAGGCACGAUCAGAUCUGACCUCUCUAAUGGAAGGGCCAGCCCCGUGUCCGACUCCAGCGUACGACCGGCCAGGAAAGGAGAGCAAAUCCGUAAGCGGAGGUGUAAAGCGGCAUUCAGCUACGUGCCUCAGCAUGAAGAUGAGCUAGAGUUGAAAAUAGGCGACGUCAUUGAGAUUAUAUCAGAGGUAGAGGAGGGCUGGUGGGAGGGGUUUCUUAAUGGGAAGACUGGGAUGUUUCCCUCCAAUUUCACCAAAGAGAUCCAGGCAGAGUCGGAGACGCCCUCCUUAGACACCUCCCAGGAGGAGCUGCGCAGCGGCCGCUCCAGUAAGGACAGUCCAGGCAGUGAAAGUGAUGGAGCGGACAGUCGGUCAGAAACGGGGUCAGGUGAAAUCCAGCCCAAGAAGAUUCGAGGGUUUGGCUUUGGUGACAUCUUCAAAGACCAGCCCAUCAAGCUCAGACCACGCUCUAUGGAUGUGGACUCAGAGAUGGACAAGGCCAACGAAGGGAAAGCCCCUGAAACCAUGAAGACUGAACCUGACAGCAAAGCUAAAGGACGGGAGCAAUGUAAAGUCCUCUUUCCAUAUGAAGCACAAAAUGAAGAUGAGCUGUCAAUCAAAGAGGGAGAUAUCGUCAACAUUAUUACCAAGGAGUGUGCUGAUGCAGGCUGGUGGAAGGGGGAGAUCGGGGGAAGGCAAGGUGUCUUCCCAGACAACUUUGUCAAGCUGCUAGAAGUGGAGAAAGAGAGACCAAAGAAACCGCCUCCUCCAAGCGCGCCUUCAGCUAAACACACCACAGAGAAAAAGUCGGAGGUCAAGAAGGCUCCUCCUGAGCGACCUGAACAUCUUCCACUGAGAGACCAGGAACGAGGUGAAGAGCUGAAGUUUGGAGACAUCCCCAAGCCCACCCUCCCAUCUCUCCUUCCCAAGAAACCCCUCCCCCCAAAGACAAACACCUCCUCUACCUCCCAACCCCCGCGGCGUCCCGAGAGACCGCCCGCUCUCGCGAGUGAAAGCCCCAAGUCUGAGGGCGGGGCUUCGACACCAGAUUCUGGCCCUGACAGGUCACAUGACACUGAUGUGGACCUGGACGUGGUCGUCGCAUCAACAGAGAAGCUGAGUCACCCGACAGCGUCACGGCCAAGAGUCACAGACCGCCGGCCUCGCUCACAGAUCAUCACACCAUCCUACCUGUCCAGUACCGAUCUGGAACCCCCCGCGUUAGAGGACAGGAAGGAGAAGAAUAGAGGGAAGGAAGAGCCGGAGACUGUCACCAGAUCUUUAGACAUUUCCCUGAGGAAAGGCGCUCCCAACAUCUCUGUACAUGACAAUAAGGCACCACUUCCCACCAAGCCCUCUACCCUGACCCCACCUAACUCCAGCCAUCGCUCCACGUCCCCAUCUUCCUCUUCGGGUCUGACCCCCUCCCCCGAGCUCCGUCAUUCACCUAUGACCCCCCUGACACUGGAGGAACUCAGGAACCAGCUGAGAGACCUGAGGGCCUCCAUAGAACGGCUGAAGAGCCAGCACAGACAGGAGAUGAAGCAGUUGGCCGGCGCGCUGGAUGAAGAGAAGAAGAUUCGUGUUAGUUUACAGAUGGAAGUAGAGCACAUAAAGAAGAGCCUGUCAAAAUGAAGACUGAAACAUCCGUACCUGCGCACUCUGAUCACCACAUCGGAGGCCAGCGUUUGAAAACGUUCUCACUGUUGGCCGAGACACUUCAGCCAAAAACAAAGUUUGUGCCAAAUGAUCAUCACGAUCAACAUCAGCAACAAUUUAGUACCAUGGAAUCAGCCACCUACCCCACCCCACCCCGCAACGCCGCCUUAUCCUGUGUUUACUUCUUUAUUUUUCUCUUAAAGAGGCUUCUCUGUAAAAUGUACUGCUAUCUUGUUUGAAGCUUGCUGUGCCGCUGGUACUGACGCACCACGGCCUGUCGCUGCGUGUUGCCACAGUUACAGAAGGAUGACACAGGCGGCCGUGGCGAGUACACCACGCUGGUACUUUUUGUUUAUUAGUGUGAAGGAAACUUGGAGUUUGAACUUCGUAGCCCGGUUGGUUCAGACGACCUCUGUGCUGUUCUGUGUCCACUCUGCGGCCUUCACCCCUUAUCUGUGUGUGUGUGAAUGUGUGAGUGUGUGUGUGUGUGUUCUUUUUUUCCAUCCAUGUGAGGACUGAAGUUUUUAAACCUUCAUAUUAGCAACAUUUUUGUAUAGUGAGGUCGUUUUGGCCGGUCCUGACUUCUUCAGUGAGCUAGAUUAAGAUUAGAAUUUGGGUUUAUUUCCAUUAGCAUUAGCUUAACAUUGAUGUUUCUAUGGUACACUGCAGGCGGGUGAUUUUGAAGCAUCAGCCAUUAACAGCAUAUUGACAUAUUUCCUCUUAAGUUUUUAAUUUGCAGUCAAAUAUUCCACUUGUUCGGUGGUUAAAAUUACAAGCACAUCAGGAUUAUUCCUCAGUUUAAUUAAACCAACAUGACAAGUGACACUGUAGGUGCUAUAGUAGAAGAAAUAAAUUGUUGGACAUUUAGGGAAAUGUGCUUAUUGGUUUUCUUUUUUCCAGGAGUUAGAUAAGAAGAUCAAUACCACUCUCAUUUCGGUACACUAAAAAUGACGCUACAGCCAGCUCAUAAAGGCUGGACACAGGAGAAAACAGCUAUCCUGGCCCUGUCCAAAGGUAACAAAAUCUAUAUUGUAUACUGGUAUAUCUAAUACCAGUACCUGCAAAGAUCGCUAAUUAAAAAGUUUUAUCUUAUUUGUUUUAUCAAUACAAAAACUGAGUGGUAUAAAAAACAAUUUGUGGUUUUAUGAUGACAAAAUUACUUCAGAAAGUCACUGACCCUAGCCCGGCAUAUAUUCCUGAAAAAAAACACAACUUACACUCUUUUUUUUUUUUUUGUAUGGAUGGAACAAAAAAUAAACAAUAUGUUAAAGAGCUGAUUUUGUUUUUUGACACAGCACGGCUAGCUGUUUUCCCCUGUUUCCAGUCUAUGUGCUAUGCUAAGUUAACUAUCUCCUAACUGUAUCUUCACACUUAACAUACAGACAUUUGAGGGGUGUCAAUUUUCUCAUGUAACUAUUGGCAAGAAAGCAAAGAAGUGUAUUUCCCACAAUGUCAAAUCUAUUUCUUUGACAAGAUCCAAAACUGCCCUGUGAUAUUUGGCUGCAAAUGAAACAUUUAUGCAAAGAAAAGCAUAUGUCACUGCAUGAACACGCCUAUCUAUGAUAUUUAUCAUGUCAAGAGUAUUGCCUUCUGGACAAAAAUGUUAUUUUUUGCUUUUUGGUUUCACGUGUUUGCCCCACAACUCCAGAAACCUCAAGAAACAGCUGUGCUGGUCGCAUCACAUACCCCCCAAAAAUCAAAACUGAGAUCCAUGUGCAGAUGAUGUUUCUGGUGCUCUUUUGGCAGCAGGUGAAGGGUAAAGUUAAGGACAGGGUUUGAGGAAUGUAGUAAAUGAAAAAGGACCUCACAGGUAAAGGAAGACAAUUAUGUGUGAGUGCAUGCCUGUGUAUGUGUGGUAGCAUGUACGGCUGUUUGCCUCCCUUCCUUAUAUGUGCACAGAAUCUAUGGCAACCCGUCACUGUGGCCUUCCUGUUUUUGACUCCAAAUCUUUCUUUUCCUUUCUUUGUUUCGUAUGACAACAAGAAAACUGCUACAUCUGAGGCUACAAGUUGUUUUCUUGACUUGGUCCUUUCUCUCCAGGAUAGUGAUAAAUAUAUAUACUUUUAUAUUUCAGUGUAAUAAAGAUGCUAUUAUGUAAUGUUUGAAUUGUCUGCUGGUAAGAUGUGUCUGUUUAAUAUACAGUACUGUAUGAAGGGG